GCAGCUCGCUGUCCCCUCUCCCCGGCACACACCGGCCCAGCCGCGCCCCGACCCCGCACCGAGAGCCAUGCGGCUGGCGUGGCGGGGCACUGCUGCCGGCCCCUCCCGGCGCGGGGGCGGGGCUGGGCCCCGCCCUAGCUCGGCGCGCGGGGGCGCGCGCGGCACCUGCGGGACGGGCGGUUCGGCGCAGAGCUGGGCUGGGCCGAGCCGUGCGGGGCCGAGCGGGAGCGGAGCGGCGGCCCGGAUGUAGCCGGCGCGGGAACAUGGCGCUAGGGGCGGCGUGACGGCGGCGGCCGAGAUAUGUCUCGUGGGCCAGCUAUCAAGAGACAUCCUACUGUGCUGUGACGAAUGACGGCAUUUUCAACCAUAAACAAGAUUUUUCCACCAUGUUCGGAAAGAAGAAGAAAAGGCUUGAAAUUUCUGGGCCCUCUAACUUCGAGCAUCGGGUUCACACUGGCUUUGACCACCGGCAGCAGAAGUUCACAGGACUACCUCAGCAGUGGCACAGCUUGCUGGCGGACACAGCAAACAGGCCGAAGCCAAUGGUGGAUCCCUCAUGCAUCACUCCCAUCCAGCUUGCGCCUAUGAAGACUAUUGUUAGAGGAAAUAAGCCUCGAAAGGAUACUUCAAUCAACGGCCUGCUGGAAGAAUUUGACAAUAUCUCGGUGACACGAUCCAAUUCUCUGCGGAAGGAAAGUCCUCCCACCCACCACCAAGGAAACGCAAACCAUGUGCCGAGGCACCAGGAGGAAAAUGGUUAUAUCACGUAUUCCCAGUACUCCAGUGAGUCAGACACUACAACAGACUAUGUCGUGGAAAAAUAUCAAGACAAGACUGUUUACGGGGAAGAGUUAGACAGGUACUACAAAGGGAGCUAUGCCACCAAGCAGAAUGGCCACAUGAUGAAGGUGACUUCCCGGGACAUCUAUUACUCAGAAGUGAUGCCCCUGCAGUCAGAGCUCUCCAGGUUCCUCCCAGAUUACCAUGUGCACCUGGAAACAAAGCCCAAACCACUGGAAUAUGGCGGCCUAAAGCUGGAGUAUCAGCGGAUCCCCAGUGGAUCUUCCCUGGACUACAGAGAUCCCUUUCCUUACACACCAUCCCGAGAGUCGGUGCAGAGCGAGUGCCCUAAGGAGAGGCUGGAGUACAGCGAUGGUGACUGGGGUCAUGGCCUGGGCAAGGAUGACUACGACAGGAGGCCGAAGUCGUCCUACGUGGACCCAGCAAGCCCUCAGCCAGCGAUGAGACAGAGGUCCAGGUCGGGCUCUGGACUGCAGGAGCCAGCCAUGCCCUGUGGAGCAAGCGCUUUUAAAGCACACCAGCAAGGACACUCCUACAGCUCCUACACCUAUCCCCGCUUGUCCGAAACUGUGGCAGGCAUCCCCAAGGUGGAUUAUGAUCGAGCGCAGCUGGUCAUUAGCCCACCUCUCUCUGGAUCGGACACCUACCCCAGGGGCCCAGUAAAGCUACCUCAAAGUCAGAGCAAAGUCAGCUAUUCAAGCAGCAGCUACCAGUACCCUCUGCUCUAUCACAAAGCAUCCCACUAUCACCAGCCAUCUCUCCAGCCCAGUUCUCCCUGUAUUUCCACAGCCUCCUACCCCAGCUCCCCAAGUAUCACGUCAAGUGCUUAUCCUCCUCCCAGCUGGGGAUCCUCCUCGGACCAGCAGCCCUCCAGGGUGUCCCAUGAACAAUUCAGAGCUGCUCUGCAGCUUGUGGUCAGUCCCGGCGACCCCCGGGAGUACUUGGACAGCUUCAUCAAGAUCGGGGAGGGCUCCACGGGGAUUGUCUGCAUUGCCACUGAGAAGCACACAGGAAAGCAAGUCGCCGUGAAGAAGAUGGAUCUCAGGAAACAGCAGAGGAGGGAGCUGCUCUUCAAUGAGGUCGUAAUCAUGCGAGAUUACCAUCAUGAAAACGUGGUUGAUAUGUACAACAGUUACCUUGUUGCGGAUGAGCUGUGGGUUGUGAUGGAGUUUCUGGAGGGUGGCGCUUUGACGGAUAUAGUGACUCACACGAGAAUGAAUGAGGAGCAGAUAGCGACCGUCUGCCUGUCCGUCCUGAGAGCCCUGUCCUACCUGCACAACCAAGGCGUCAUCCACCGCGACAUCAAAAGUGACUCUAUCCUUCUCACAAGUGAUGGGAGGAUAAAAUUGUCUGACUUCGGGUUCUGCGCCCAAGUGUCAAAGGAGGUGCCUAGGAGGAAGUCCCUAGUUGGGACGCCGUACUGGAUGGCGCCAGAGGUGAUAUCCCGCCUGCCCUAUGGCACCGAGGUGGAUAUCUGGUCCCUGGGCAUCAUGGUGAUAGAGAUGAUAGAUGGUGAACCGCCCUACUUCAAUGAGCCGCCGCUGCAGGCCAUGCGCCGAAUCCGGGAUAACUUACCGCCCCGGCUGAAGGACGUGCACAAGGUCUCCUCAGUCCUCCGGGGCUUCUUGGACUCGAUGCUGGUGCGGGAGCCCUCACAGAGAGCCACAGCACAGGAACUGUUGAGACACCCAUUUCUCAAACUGGCUGGGCCCCCUUCUUGCAUCAUGCCCCUCAUGAGGCAGCACAGGCAUCGCUGAAGCUGGCAACUUUUCGGGAGGAGGUCAAUGCCGAGUCUGGAUAACAGCCAUGCAGGAAUCCCGGCAGUUGUGUCGGAACCAUGGGCAGGGACAAGAGAAACCUUGUGGAGGAAAACCAGCCCCGCAGAAACACUGCGGUGUACAAAAAGUCCAAGGAGGUGCUCUCUGGGGAGUGAUCCUGGUCACCAGCUGCGUGGCCACACUCCACCAUGGACUGUCGCUCCCCAGCGCUGUCGUCGUCUUGGCCAUCCAGACAGAAGGUCCCAAAUGCAAACAAGGUUGGAAAGAUAAUUAGUAGAGGAUAGCACAGCCAGCGUGGAACAGCAGAAUUUUGUUGCAGGCUACGGCACUUGUAUUGCAGAAGAACACUUUUCUGACAAAAAAAAGCACUUUUUAAUCUCAGUCAUAGCAGCGCAAUGUAUUUUGCAAUGAAUUUGUAAUUUUCUGUACAGUAAAUUUUGAUAAUUUGCAGUACUUUGUCAUGUAACUGUUGUGUUAGUUGGCGUAAUAAGUGUAACUUAGCAAGAAUUUGAGAUGAUAAAGUUUGACUUUUUUAACCCUUUUGCAAACAAACAAACAAACAAAAAACCCAAACUCACCUUUAGGAAGUUAGAAGGUUUUGCAGAUUUUCCAUUGGGGCGAGGAGAGCGCUUAUCCCCUGAAGCACCAACGAUAAGUGAUGCGGUGGGAGCACAGGCAGUCUGGCACUGGGCACUUGCCCUCCCAGCGCUACCAGUGACGCAGCGGCCAUCAGAGCUGCUGCUGAAUGUUAGUGGUCAUCAGGGUCUCCCCAGUUCCCCAGUGGUGGGAGCCAACACCUCUGGCCUACCUGUGCUCAAGGGCCAUCUCCUCACGCCAUGACAGUCCCUUCGUUUUAUGCCACUGUAAGGCCAGUUUUGUUGUCACAGAAACCUCUGUUAUUUCUGUCACUCUGGAAGUAGAAAGGGCCGGCAGAUGUCUGUCUGCCCGCCCAGCGGGCACCCUCCAGAGCGCAGACAGACCCUUGUGAUGCAUUACGAGAUGUUUGCCACAUAGAAGAAGUUGUGCUGCUGUCUAGACCUUUUUGAAUGUUGAUGCAACAGUUGACUACUACAGUACAAUUUUGUGUUAUUCGUUGGAUGACUUUGCAUGUUAACUGUAGGCCUAAAUAGAUUUGCCUUUAAAAAUUUUAGAAGUGUUUCAUAAUUAUUUCAGUGAUAAAUGAAUUUUAUUUAUUAAUGAUUAGUUCUUUUGAAUUAUGUAUAAUACAAAAGCCAUGUUUUUCAAUUUUUUUCUUACUGACCUCAUUUUAUGAUCUCAUUAAGAAACAGAGCCACUUUGUGAAAACAUAGUUUCUUUCUUAUUGUGACAUUUCAUAGAGAAUAAAUUAAUUGUAAUUUAUGGUCGUAAAUUAUAACCAAACAUCUAAACCUGGCAGGAGCUGUUGCUUAAAGAUCUUCCUCCGGGACAAAAGAGUUGCCAAUAGUACAGAAGCUCCUUUAGUACUGCCCUUAAAAAGGUAAAGAAUAUUUGAAGGGAGAGAAACAAUUUAAAAAAAAGAAAAGAGGAGAUAAAUACAAACUCGAACACUGAAUAAAUGUUCUUACAGCUGUGUGUCUUACUCCCUGCUGCUUUCUCUGCUUAACCAUGUUUGCAUAUUUUAAGGCAAUGCUAAAGAAAAUGUGUUCGGCUCCUGCUGCAAAUGUGCUCCUGGUACCCACCUGCAGAGAGUGCAGCAUCUGCCGCGGUCUAAGGCAUUCCUAUUUUCUAGUGACAACUCAGGAAAAAAGGCUGCACCAGUCCAGGCAGUGACAUACGGGCAAAACUGUAAUACUAACCACAACAGUAAACUUUUUUAACGACCUUUGAAUAAAAAAGGGGUUGGGGUUGGUGGGGUUUUUUUCUUCAAUGUUCAGCACAUUUUAGGCUGUUCCAAGUGAAGAAUUUUCUGCAACUUUCUUAUCAUUAGAUACUUUAAACAGGCAUCAUGAAGUUUACUGAAAGUUUUGUCUAUUUCAAAGGGGGGAUUUUUGUGAACACCAACUACUGGUGAGACAAAUGCACAUGCAAGUUAAAUAAAAUAAUUAAUAAACACUUUCA